GCCCCGGACUUCCGGUUCUAAGCUCGACUGUUGACUGGUGGAAAGGAAUGAGGUCCUCGGAAAAUAACAAAACCACCCAAUGAAACCGGAAUAAAAGUUCACUCAAAAUGAGCUGGAUUCCCUUCAAGAUUGGACAACCAAAGAAGCAGAUUGUCUCUAAAACCGUUGAAAGAGACUUUGAGAGAGAAUAUGACAAGCUUCAAAAGCUGGAGGAUCAGACGAAAAAGCUUCACAAGGACAUGAAGAAAAGCACCGAGGCUGAUUUAGCCAUGUCCAAAGCAGCUGUGAAGAUUUCUGCAGACCUGCUGAGUAACCCGCUAUGUGAGCAGGACCAGGCCUUCCUGGAGUCCAUGACUGCUUUAGAUACAUCCAUGAGAAGGAUGGACUCCUUCAACCAGGAGAAGGUCAACCAGAUACAGAAAACUGUUAUCGACCCUCUGAAAAAGUACAGCGGCGUCUUCCCCAGCCUCAACAUGGCAGUGAAACGCCGGGAACAGGCACUGCAGGACUACAAGCGGUUGCAAUCCAAAGCGGAGAAGUAUGAAGAGAAAGAAAAAACCGGGCCCGUUAUGGUCAAACUACAUCAGGCCAGAGAGGAGCUGCGACCGGUCCGGGAGGACUUUGAGGCCAAGAACAAGCAGUUGCUGGACGAGAUGCCCAAGUUCUACCAAAGCCGCAUCGACUACUUCCAGCCCAGCUUUGAGGCUCUCAUCAGGGCGCAGGUUGUCUAUUUCACCGAAAUGUACAAGAUCUUCAGCGAGUUGACAGACCAGAUCGACCAGGCAGGGCUGACUGACGAGCAGAGGGAGAGGGAGACCGAGGCCAAGCUCAGCGAGUUGCGUGCUCUCUCCAUUGUCGCCGACGACUGAGGGAGAGAGGCCAAAAAAUGGGGAACGGGUUCCUUUUAAAUGCCUCUCUGAAUGGAUUGCACUCUUUUCAGGCUCCUUGGCACACUUCAAGUGGACAGCAUUGGCCUUAACCUGAUCGUCAGAUUGUUUCCUAGCGGCCCCCCCCCCCAUUCCUCUUGCACUACACUCCCAUGCUUCUUUCUCUCCACAGAGACUCUCUGCGACUCAAACUGCUGCAGCUGAAAUGCCACAUUAACUAAGCCAUCAGCCAUGUGCAACAUUAUAAGCCAAUAUGUCUUUUUUUAUUUAUUUUUUUUGCUAAGGGAAGGAAUCAAACUGGUUCUCGUCAGAACUAAUUAACAGGGUUACACUUCUUGGUUUCAGAGAUGUCUAUAAGCAUUUGUUUCUAAAGAAGGAAAUGAGCAAGUAAACGUUUUCUUUUUAUUAUUAUUAAUCUGCAAUUUUGCCAACAAUCUGUGAAACAGUUUUUAUUACCCAAGUUUGAAAUGAUAAACACUACAGACACUGUUUUGUAACGUAUUGUAGGUUACCGGCAAGAAAAUGUAUGUCUGUGUUUUUGGCCUUUGCUGCUUAUCUCCAAGUUUAGCUCUGUGCCAUGUUGUGUGAGGGCUGUGUGUUGGGGUUUACAGGAUGAUGGUGGUAACGUCACCUGUGCAUAACGUGCCUACUGUUGUCCCGACUGUGGAUGUAACAUGAAAAAAAA